AUGGGUCCCGGGCGCUGCCGGUGGGCGCUGCCGGCCUGGGCUUUAAUCUGGGCGUCCAUGGCCACGGCUGGAGGAAUCCCUCAAGUGGAGAUCUUCACCCUGCAGCCCCUGGUGCUGGGCCAGCCCAACGUCCUGGUCUGCUCCGUCAGGAACAUCUUCCCACCCGUGGCCAGAAUCAGGUGGGCCCUGCAGGACCAGGAGCUGACCCAGGGCGUCUUCUCCACCCCGACCUACCCCGUCCAAGUGCUGGACUUCCAGAUCUUCUCCUACCUGGAGGUGACCCCCCAGGCAGACGACAUCUACAGCUGCACCGUGAAGGGCCUGGGGGGCAAAUUCGACACCAUGGCCUAUUGGGUCCCCAAGGACCCCAUCGCCUCCAAGCUCCUGGAGAACGUCCUCUGUGGCCUGGCAGUGGCGUUGGGAGGGGUCUUCAUCAUCCUGGGGGUGGUCCUGCUGGCCCUCUCCUUCAGGAUGCCGCCUCCGGGGCUGCUGCUGCUGCUGCUCGUCCUGGCGCUCAGCGCCCCGCCGGCAGGUGCCUUCGUGCUGCACCUGGAGACGGACAGCCUGCUCUCGGCCGACGGCGGCGUCCUCGAACAGAACUGGGUCCUUUUCUUCAACAAGAUGCCUUUCACCUGCUACGACUUCAGCCAAAGCCAGUUCGUGCCUUGCGGCCUGGGGGCCUCCGUGCCCUGGAACUACACGGGGGUGCCCGUGGCCCAGUGGCUCGCGCAGAACGCCCCGGGACUGCCCCAGGAAUCCGCCCAGCAGUGCCAGAU